AGCUGCACAGGGGGCUUCCUCCCAGGCCUGCCAUGUCUCCACAGCCCAGCUGACAGCGGGCCCAUCAAUCUCCAGUGUCAACUAGGUUUUUAUCAAGAGAAAGAUCAUAGCUUGAAGUUGCUUCUGCUACUGAAGUAGAUCAGAUACGAUGAUCCAGUAGGAAGACUGAGCACUGAGGCGGCGACAAAGCCUGCUGCUGAAGGAUGAAUGGGGAGGAAGAGUUCUUUGAUGCCGUCACAGGCUUUGAUUCUGAUAACUCUUCUGGGGAAUUUUCAGAGGCGAAUCAGAAGAUCACUGGAAUGAUUGACUUAGACACCAGCAAAAGUACAAGGAGUGGGAAAGGUGGGGAGAGGCCGUCCCAAGAGAAUGGAAUUCAAAAGCACAGGACAUCACUGCCUGCUCCCAUGUUCACCAGAAGCGACUUCAGUGUGUGGAGUAUCCUGAAAAAGUGCAUUGGCCUGGAGCUGUCCAAGAUCACCAUGCCGAUCGCCUUCAAUGAGCCCCUGAGUUUCCUGCAGCGGAUCACAGAGUACAUGGAGCAUGUGUACCUCAUCCACAGAGCCUCCCGCCAGGCACAGCCCCUGGAAAGGAUGCAGUCUGUAGCUGCCUUCGCUGUCUCCGCCGUGGCUUCCCAGUGGGAGAGGACUGGCAAACCGUUCAACCCGCUCUUGGGAGAGACAUACGAGUUGGUCAGGGAAGAUUUAGGAUUCAGAUUUAUAUCUGAACAGGUCAGUCACCACCCUCCUGUUAGUGCAUUUUAUUCAGAAGGGCUCAGCCAAGACUUUGUGUUCCAUGGCUCCAUCUACCCGAAGCUGAAGUUCUGGGGCAAGAGCGUCGAGGCAGAGCCGCGAGGGACCAUCACCUUGGAGCUGCUCAAACACAAUGAAGCCUACACCUGGACCAACCCCACCUGCUGUGUACACAACGUCAUUAUCGGAAAGCUGUGGAUAGAACAGUACGGAGUGGUGGAGAUUUUAAACCACAGAACCGGUGAUAAGUGUGUGCUUAACUUCAAACCGUGCGGACUGUUUGGAAAGGAGCUUCACAGAGUAGAGGGGCACAUCCAAGACAAAAACAAAAAGAAGCUCUUCAUAAUCUAUGGCAAGUGGACGGAGUGCUUGUGGGGCACAGACCCCACAUCCUACGAGUCCUUCAAGAAGCAGGAGAAGAGAGGUGACCACCUGAGGAAGGCCAGGCCGGAUGAUGGCUCAGAAAAAGCUGACCGUGAUGUGGCCGGUGAUGUGGCCAGUGAUGUGGCUGACGAUGUGCCUGUGGCUCAGGAGACUGUGCAGGUCAUUCCCGGAAGCAAGCUUCUCUGGAGGAUCAACAGCCGGCCCCCCAACUCUGCCCAGAUGUACAAUUUCACCAGCUUCACUGUGAGUCUCAAUGAACUAGAGUCAGGCAUGGAGAAGACCCUGCCACCCACGGACUGCCGCCUGCGCCCGGACAUCCGUGGCAUGGAGAAUGGCAACAUGGAUCUGGCCAGCCAGGAAAAGGAGCGGCUGGAGGAGAAGCAGAGAGAAGCCCGCAGGGAACGCGCCAAAGAGGAGACAGAGUGGCGGACCAGGUGGUUUUACCCAGGUGACAACCCCCACACUGGGGCUCCUGACUGGCUGUAUGCGGGAGAUUACUUCGAGCGGGAUUUCUCUGACUGCCCCGAUAUCUACUGAGGGCCUGGAGGCCCAGCCUGGAAGCCUACGAGGUCAGACUCCGUGCGAGGCCACUCUGGCUCCUCCUGGCAGAGCCCAGCUUUUCU